AUGACCAGUAUGAACUGGCCCAAAAUACCCCCUCCAUCGGUGAAGGACACCAUAAUAACCAGUCUGGAACUACUUUUUGAUCAUAGCACAUCACCGGAACAAGCUCUAACCGCAUACAUUUCAUCAUCAUCUAGGGCUGACGGCGCUAGAGAUGGACUCGUACUCUAUGCUCUUUCCAUCAGUUACUCCUUGCUCAAAACGUUUCAUCAACAAACACAUCAACUCUGGAGGGAAAAGGAGAACAGAUCCGAAGCUACCCACAUAAUCAGAUGUGCUAUAAGUGCUGUUGAGAAUGCAUAUGAGACUUUUAAACAUCGACACAAUAUUAAUUACUUUGCAGUCUCGAUGCCUCCAGUAUCUCGUGAAGCUAGUACAGAUGUUGCGAUUCCUGCUGAACCAAAGCAUUUGACCUCACCACCAACCAACGACAAUCCAGUAGCCACAGCUCUCGCAACCACACAGGACGUGAUUCGUCGAUCCGAUUCACCAGAUAGAGCCAAAAUUGUUGAAAUCUCGAUCGAAGAUCACUCUAGUGAAGACCAAACUCCUGGCACGCUUCAUUCGGAGAUCCUGUCCAUUAUAUUCUCCUACCUUAUCAGACCACGAACAUCCCAAAGUCAAGUGACCCUAUCUAUAUGCUCCCAAGUCAAUCAUCGUUGGUAUGCAGAAGCGUCAAGGCUUUUAUGGGCUGCACCAGUCGUUGUGAGUCAUCGUCAAGUAGGAGAUUUGGCUCGUGGUCUUAUGGUUGCUCAAAUGAAUACGGGACUUAGCAGUAAUCAUCGCUUUGUACCAGCUAUGAAGAAGCUGGACUUGUCGAAUGUGCGUCUCCAUGAGGCAGAGGGUGCAUUUACAUUGACACGAGCUUUAUGUUGGCGCUCUUCUCUCUCAUGGUCAUUGAAAGAUGUAAGAAUCAGAGCAGAUUCUAUUGGUGAAGAGAUAUUCUAUAGAUUGCUACGACGAAACAAGUAUAUCGAGACUUUGGUCAUAUCUGAAAUGAUAUUGACUGGAAAGCCUCCCAAAACUGAAAAAUAUAAUGGAGCUCCUUUGAAAACUCUCGUCUUAGAAUUCAUGAGGCCUCAAAAGCGAGGUGCUGUGUUCUCAGAUGCCAUCAUCCAUUGUCUUGGUCCGUCAUUGAUGUAUUUAGAUGUCACUGGCUCGAGAGCCACAGUAGACGACAAUGUAGUAUCAUCAAUAGUAAAGCAGUGUCCCAAUCCCAAAGGACUCUGGCUCGGAGAGACUGAUGUAGGAGACAAUGGCCUUGAAGCUUUGAGUCAACAUUGCAAGUCUUUGAAAAGGUUGCAAUUGGUUGAUUGUCAAAGAGUAAGUGAUGAAGGAUUACGAUUUGUGCUCUCGUCUUGUUUGGAUAUCGAAUAUAUCGACUUGAUAGGCACCCAAGCUACUCCUAAGGCCAUUGAGCUUGCUGCUACUCAUCUGCAAUCCAUCAAGGGACUCUGGUAUGAGAACCUCAGGGGACUCAAUGUAAAUGAAGAAGCUUCACUGGUAGAAGCCGUAAUAGGUCUAGUUAUAAAACGUGGUGCAGGUCUCCGUGACUUAGCAAUUUGUAAUCCAGGUCUACUCAACGCUGACUGCAUCAACUUGAUUGCUGAAAGCUGUCCCAAUCUACAAAAGCUCUGGUUGGGCAACAGUGGAGAGGCAUUGCCUGCCGAUUCCUUGAAAAACAUGAUGGUCUCAUGUUCCAAACUCACAACGUUGGUAUUACCACGGAUGGUACCUGCAGAAUCUGUACAGGCCAUUGCAAGAGAUAUUGGAGCCAAGUACAAUACUCGACCAUUCUCAUUGAGGAGACCUGAUAGUGAAUUUGGCUUUACUGUCUCGAACAUAUAUGAUUGA